AUACACCACAAUACAUAACAGAUCAUCGAAUGAUUAUUUGCGUUUACACAAGUGCUUUUGGUGUUUUGAUCAGUCUUCGUCAAUUCAUUUAGUUGUAAACAUGUUUGUUCGUGGAGUUGUUAGAUUACUUUGUAAGAUUAACAAACAUGAAAACCAAAAAAGAAACGCAGGCACUUUGGCCUUCAUCGGCAUAGGCAACAUGGGCAGCCGAAUGGCCAACAACCUAGUGAAAAAAGGCGAAACGGUGCGCGUCUUCGACCUCACCCCCGCCAACGCGAAAUCAGUUCCUGGUGCCCAAGUUUGCAACAACCAAGAGGAAGCCGUCAAAGACGCCUCUGUCAUCAUCACCAUGCUCCCCAAUGGCGAUAUUGUCAAAGACACUGUCCUUGGCACCAACGGCAUCCUCAAACACGCAUCCAAAGGCUCCCUCCUUAUCGACUGCUCCACAAUCCAGCCCCAGGUGGCCCAAGAAGUCUCCAAAGCGACCUAUUCCGCCGGUUUCAAGUUUCUCGACGCUCCGGUCUCAGGUGGAGUCACGGGGGCGGAGGCCGGGACCCUCACUUUUAUGGUAGGAGGCGACAAGCAAGUGCUCAACUCUGCCGACCCUAUUUUAAUGAAAAUGGGGGCUAAUGUGCUGCAUUGUGGCGAUUCAGGAGCGGGUCAAAUCGCCAAACUUUGCAAUAAUCUCAUUUUGGCGAUUACCAUGAUUGGUACCUGCGAAGGGAUGAAUUUGGGUAUCAAGAUGGGCUUGGAUCCUAAAACUUUGGCUUCGAUUAUUAAUGUUUCGACAGGGAGAAGUUGGUCGUCGCAGACUUAUAACCCCGUACCUGGACUUAUUGAGAAAAUUCCGCCAAGUAAUGAUUAUAAAGGAGGCUUUGCUGUUAAUUUGGUGGCAAAAGAUUUGGGAUUGGCUGAGGGUGUGGCGCUUUUGUGUAAUGCCCCAGUGCCGUUGACUGCAGCCGCACAUCAAAUUUACAGGGCGUUGAGUUGUAAUGGAUAUGGGAAUAAAGAUUUUGCUUCGGUUUAUCAGUUUUUGAAAGGAAAUUGAUAAAUAAACUGACUUGAUAAAUGUAA